CUACAAAACAACCUGUGACGUCAUAUAAUGAUCCAAAUCCACUUAGUGUUACUGUGAAUGACAGCAAGAAAUUGGAGAAAAUAUUUGGCCAAAUGAUGCCCUCUACAGGAAAUACUAAAAUUCCAAUAGGAUUUAUCCUUACACACAAGCCUUUCACCGAUAGUAUUGAAAUGCAGAAACGCUUUCCACUGUUGUACGAAAAGGUAAUCAAACCAAUGAAGUCUGGCGAGACAGCAAAUAACUUUCAAUCUCACAAUGAUGCAAAUGGAAGACGUCAACAAUCGGACACAAACAGCCGGGUUGGAGGUCAUUCACAUGAUAGUCAAAUAACGAUACGCAUGGAUAACAAAGGAAUACCUGAAAGUCAAGUAAGACUCAAUCAGCAGUCAUCCCCUUCACGUCAAGAUGCCUCUCAAUUCAGCAAUACUAUGUCAAAUGAACAGCCCUCUAAUCAACAUACCAACGACAAUCAUCAGAUGACACACAAUGCUCAACAACACCAACAACAACAAAGCCCUAAAACAUCCCAUGAUACAUUCACUCAACAACAGCACUGGCAAGCACCAAAUCACCCAAGACGUAAUCAGCAAAACCAGCCGCAGCAAAACGAUCCUGCGAGACGACAAUCAGCAAUGCAAAGUCCUCAUGGAAGACGACAAAAAUUUAUGGAGUCCACACAUAAUCACUUCCGUAGAAGGAACCAACAACAAUUCAAUCAACAAGAAUACCAAGCGUAUCUAACAACGACGGCGAAACCAACAGAAGCAACCACACCAGUUUACAUUCAAAACACAUAUCCACCAAUAUUCAAUAUGCUUGUGAAGAAUUCUCUACCACCAACUCAGACUCCAAAACCUCAAACCUCUCAUAGGGGAAAUACAGAAAACAUGCAGCCAGCUACUACUCAUGCUAAGGUCACAUAUUCCCCUCAAAGUAACGGUAAUAUAGGGACACCCUCUGCUACCUUCGUCCAGGAGAAUCAUCUAAGACUUGGCGGGCCGUCCUUCAAUCCCGUCCGUGAAAAUAUAAGGUUCGGGAAUCAAAUAUCUGGUCCAAUUUUAGAUAGCCUCCCCGAACUCCAGCUAUAUGAAACAAGAGAACCAGUCCUGCCUUUUAAUAUGAUCUCUGAAAACAAAACAAAAUCUGAGAACAUUGUAGUCAGAAAUUCUCAAAAUAUCCUUAUGGACAAGAGCGAAAGAAACACACUUAAGCUGUCGAGUAUCGACCCAUAUUAUUCAAAGGACAUGCCAUCCGGAACAAAAAUAGAAAGGAUAUCCACUUUGACACCGGCGAAGACCGAGACUACAUACUUCAUGGCUCCAACUACCCCGACAAGGAGUCCUCCGUUGAUUGAAAGAAAAGCAGACGUCCCAUCUAACAACGAGGCCAACUUUGGUCGUUUCGGUAACUCUAAUCAACAUCAUCAGAACCCAAUGAACAACCCUUCAAGGCAUCAGAAUAGGAAUGCACAUAACCAUAAUAAUCAAAACAACAAUGAUCAAAUUACACGCAUGGACAGUGGAGCGGAUCAUGUAAGUAAUCGGCAAGAGUUCCCACAAUCUAAUCAAAGACAGAGAUCAAGGAAUGCUCAUUUACAUAACAAUCAACAACAAAUCCGUAAAACAACACACAUAACAGUAUCUAUCAAGAGCACCAAACCACCCUCAGCGCCUGUGCUAGGAAUCCACAAACAAAGACACUCCUUUGAGACACCAGCUCCCAAUCUCCCCUCCAACAAAGUUCAGGACAGAACACCUGAUCAAAAUCCCAUUAGACAUUUUGAGGUGGGUUCUCGAAAUAGAUGGAAUAAUCACGAUAGCAAUGCGGGAUUCAUCAUUAGUCCAGUCAAACAUAAAAAAGACGCAAAUCAAAAUCAGCAAAGCAACCAGUUUGCACGUACGUCUGAUACAAGCAAUCAUCAGUCUCGUCCUUCCCAUUCAUUUGACAAGGUUGCCUCUUCUACAGCUCAAAAUGAACACAACAAACAAGUCAAAGAUCAAAUGAUUCCUCAAACACAUGCAAGUUCUAAUCAUCAUGGAAAUCAGAUUUCGCAUACUGAAAGACGACUAAAUGGGGUCAACUCUCAUCGCAGAAAUGGUCAGCAGGGGAUCCCUGUACCUCCUAAAAUGGAUAAAUCUUCUGAUCCGGGAUUUUUCAUUUCGUCUCCAAAAAACAAUGGUGGAAAAAGACGAGAUAAGCAUACUGAAAUCAACAAGUCCGUUCAAAAAUCUGACUCACCCGGAAUGCAAUCACCAACACCGACUCCAACACAAGGAUAUCUUAACUUUUUAGCUGAUUUUGGUGGCAUUGAAAGCUCAAUUUCGUCUCAGUCGAACCAUGGUCACGAUAAGGUAAACAACAGGCACUCUCAAUCUAGAUCCAUACCGCAUCAGAGAUCGGAAAGUGGAUUAAGGUCAUCUUCAUCUGGACAAACAAGAAACUCACCGAGUUCAAUAAGAAUUAGUCCUACUCGAUCUUUACAAGACGUACAUAAUAGACGGCGGUUUAUAAAUCGAUUUCAAAGGAGGCCUGGGUUUGGCAGGGCUUCUCAUCAGAGUCACAUGAAUUUCCCAGCAAAAGUUGAACCAACAACGACUACUACAACAACUACUACUACAACUACUACCACAACUACACCAGCCCCUUCAAUUCGCAGUCAUCAAGCGGGAAAUCCAUGUUCUCUACCAAAGGCUUCCGGGCAGUGUCAUAAUUUCCAGACUGCGUAUUACUAUGAUACGGCGACUAGACAAUGCCACCUGUUCAUGUAUUCUGGUUGUAACGGUAACGCAAACAGAUUCAACACGAGGAUCCAGUGUCAACACACAUGUCAAACGCGACAAACAAAACAAACUGCGCCCAGCCCCAGUUCCCGGACCUCCAUGUGUAGGAUACCUGUGGAAAAGGGAACUUGCAGGAAGUGGACUGCCCGCUAUUACUACGAUCAUAGAAUACGAAACUGUCGCUUUUUCUGGUAUGGGGGUUGUGGUGGAAACGAAAACAACUUCUCAACAAUGGCAGCGUGUCAGCGGCAAUGUUACGGCUCCUGAUGAUUGUCGCCUUGGUUUUAUUUAUAUUUUGGUGCUGUGCAAUCGUCCAUUUAUAUUCAAAGUCAAACGAUGGGCAGUGUUUAUUCAUUUGUGGUGUACUGUAUCAAGAAAAGACGGAGAAAAGGUGGUGAAAUAAAACAUAGUCGUCUUCUACCUCAUGAAAUCACAUCACGAACAUGUACUGGUAUAUCAUUAGAAAUGAAGAAGAGAUAAUAAAAUUAUGUGCAUCCCACACGUCCCUAUAACGAGGCCAUGUAAAUAGUUCGAUGUCUAUCCGAUAGCCCGUGUACUUAAAUCUAACGACAUUCGUAUGCAAAUAUUUUUGUCGGAGUUAUCAAUGAAGUGCUUAGUAUUCACAUUGUGCAUCAGUGGGAACGUUAAACCUUCAAGGUUGCGCCAUACAAUUUAAGACAAGGUAAAUAGGGUUCAUUUCGCAUACACUUAUACAAAUCUCAGUUCCAAAGAACAAAGCCAAGCAAAAGAGGAUACUCGAGUAUUUGUUUAAAAAUUUGAGAUAUUUAUCAAUCACGUUGAAUUAUAAAUGGGUAAUUGAGAUCGGCCUCAAGUUAUCUAACUUAGGACGACAUCACCCAAAAAUGUGUUUACAGAAUCAAUGCUCAUUUUGAUUUAAUGGUUUGCUUAUCAAUUACAUACACUCACAAUAGAGUUACCUUACUUCUUCAAGUGAAGAUGGAAUGGUUUUGAUAACGUGCUAUCUAAGUUUUUGUUGCUGGAUACAUAUUAUUAGCUCUGGACUUAAGGAGGAGUAACACAUCUCCAUCAUGGCUGACUUUCUUUUGAAGCAUGCAUGGGAAUAUAAAUAUUAACAAUGCUUGCAUAUUCAUCUCAAAUCUAAUUACCUAGCUGGGUAGCUACCGAUGUUGACGUGCUGAUUGCUGAGCUGUAGAUCGUGGGAUCAAGUCUAGCAAGGGUUUCAUUUGUUUUCAAAUUACCUUCUCCUAAACCUGCAUCUUUUAACACUAAACAUGGUAAAUUUGGAGAUUUUCAAUUUCUGAAUAUUAAUGUAGAUAUCCCCCAUUUUCCGAUUUCGAUGAUAUGUGUCACUCCUUCUGAAUGACUCUUUAAUAACUUCUUUCUAGACUUCUUUAUUUAUAAACACGUUACACAUCCUGUUAUCCCUCGAACAGAAAACAGAUUCCACGCAGUGAAUGUCAUACAGCAAAUACAAAUGGGAACCAGCAUAUAUCAUUUCUAAUGGGAACCAGCAUAUAUCAUUUCUAAUGAUGGUAUACUCUAAAUCAAAGUUUGCAGAUCCUGCAAUAGCACGCACAUCCUUUCUUAAUACUGAUAUGUUUCGUUCUCUUUAAGGAUAUCUUAAUGUCUCUUUGGUCAAUAUGUCUCAUAUGUCUAUAUCUCAUACAAAGAAACGAAAUGGAUAUGUGCAUCACAAUCUACACUGUAAUAUAGAACAUAUCAAAAUUAACUUUAUAUGUGAGCCUACUUUUUGUACGAAUAUGUAUUUUCGAAGACAAUUGACCUAUGGUUUUGGUUGAUAUACAAUGAUUAUUUUACGUCUUUGAUUACCUUACGAUUCGAUGUGGUAUUGUUACCGUUUCUGUUUCUUAAGUAAUUGAAGUUGUAAGUAAAGUUACUGUGUUUUUUGUUGAUAAUUUAUUUUGUGAAUAAUGUUAUAUUGGUUGAAUUUUUCCAACAAUAAACUGUUUAAUAUAU